UAAAUUAAGCAGAACUUAAAUUGGUAUUUAGUUUUUUUCUGUUUUAAUUCAUUGGAUUAUUUUACCAGAAGUCCAUGGUUUGUAGUUUCUCCGCCCCGUCGAUCCCGUCCCGAUCAGGUGAAACCGUUUUCCUGUCCGAACGGAUCCGGUCGGGUCUCUGCGUCGUUGCUGCUGCUGCAGAUCCACGCGUCUUAUUGUGAAAGGACAACGAACCCAAACUGCUGCUGCAGAAUGUGAAACGCGGCCGCAUUCAAUCACAGACGUCAGCUCUGCCUCUGCGGUGGGAACCAAAACGUCUGGGUUCUGUUUCCUCUUUGUUGGGAGUUUUCAACCUGAACGCAACAACAUCAAUUAGCCAGAACCGACGCCUGCGGACUCUUUAAACUUCUUCUCUCCCAGAGAAGCCGGCAGGAAAAUGUGUGUUUACAGUUUGCAGGCUGUGUGUGGAGGAUUAUGGUAAUAACAGGCUGCCGGGCCGCGCUGGUGGGCGGGCGGACGGACGGGCGGGUCCGCGGACCCUUAUCAGCGCGUUGCAGAGGUUCUUCACCUUGAUUCUCUGCUUUAUCACCAAAACCAGACGAAGACGCUUCUGGAAGCCCAAAUGAUCUGAUGCUAUCAGCGGCGGCUCUUAUCUUCACCCAGGUUUGCAGGAAGCGACCCAGAAGCGGCGAGAGGCGGCGCUGACCUUCAGGCUGGAGAGCAGAACCGGGUUCUUCUGCUGGUUCUUCUGCAGGAUGGGCUGAAGCUGUCCGGUUUCCAAGGAGACGGCAGGCGGAGGGGUAGUGUACGCACACACGCUGCGCUCUCGCUCUCCGCUGGACGGAGCGGGUUCGUCUCUGCUCAACUUCCUCCAGAUGUUUGGCUGCAUCAGGAGGAAACGGAUCGCUUCAGUCCGGCGGGGCGGCGAGGGACGCCGCCGCUUUAAGAACACUUAAUUAGGAGUCAAUGAUCACCAAUUGAGCCAUUGAGCCGGCGCUUCCAGAUUUCCAGUCUCAGCUGCGUCCGUCACGCUCCCACGCUCACGUCUCACUCCCCCCGCUGGAGGAAUUAUCUGCCCCGUGUCCUGGGGGCCGGGGGGGUAAAACAUGCUGUCCGCCGCCAUUCAGAUCCUGGCGUUCGCCCUGGCGCUGCUGGGCGUUCUGGGCGCCACCGUGGCGACGCUGCUGCCCAACUGGAAGGUGAGCGUGAACGCGUGGAGCAGCAUCAUGACCCCCAUCUCUCAGAUGCAGGGUCUGUGGGCGGACUGCGUGUGGUACAGCUCCGGCGUCUUCAGCUGCACCAUGAAGGACUCGGUGCUGUCGCUGCCGCCGUUGCUGCAGAUGAUGCGGGCCGGCAUGGUUCUGUGCUGCAUGGUGGCGGUGUUCGGGCUCUGCCUCGCCUCGCUGGGGCUCAAAUGCACCCGGUGGGGGGGCAGCCAUCGGGCAAAGGGCCACACGGCGAUAGCGGCGGGUGGCUGCUUCGUUCUGGCCAGCCUGCUCUGCCUGGUUCCAGCGGCGCUCUUCACCAACGAGGUCAUCACCGCCUUCCUGACCACCGACCUGCCGGACAGCAGCAAGUACCAGCCCGGCGGCGCGCUCUGCGUCACCUUCAUCGCCGCCGGGUUCCUGCUGGCCGGAGGAGUCAUCUUCUGUCUGUCCUGUCCGGGAAGCGGGUCCUCCGGACCGGACAGCGUCUCAAACUCCGACUCAAUCAGACUGGAAAGGAGGCAGGAGCCGAAAGUGGAACCCAAACAGAAGAAGAAGAAAAGCGUGCGGCUGCAGACGGAUGAGGUGAGGCAGGAGAAAACGGUUCUGGACCGGCAGAAACUCCCACAGAAAGACCUGAAGGACAACUACAGCCUGCAGGAGUACGUCUGACGCUCAGGCGGAGGGGAAAUGUGGCGUUCAGGCGCCUGAA